UGCAGUCUUAGUUUUGUGCCUGGUGGGGCUGCGGCAGACACACCCUGGAACGUGAGGCGAAGGCUCCCAGGGGGACGUUCUGGGACCCUCUUCGCACCUUGGCACUCCCUUUUACCCUUGGCUCACCGCCCCUCCUUCCUAAGCCUCGGUUUCUCCGCUCCCCGCCUUUGUCCCAAGUUCCGGGGAGGCAGCUUCCGUUUCAUCCUGGGGACGGUCGAAGCACUGAGUGCGACCAUCAACCUGCGUCACCCCACCCAGUGUGUGUGUCGGGGUUUGGGUGAGCCCGCCGGCUCGUCCCGGCCGCCGCCUGACACGGCCCCGCCCAGCCCACAGGCUGUGACCGGUCCUGCAGAGUCGCUGAUGGACCCGGGGCAGGAUUGGUCUGAAAACAGUGGCCAGUGGGAAUGUGAGGAGAGCAGGGCACCAGUGGGGUCAGCACCUGUGGUCUUCUCGGAGCCCACCUACUGGCCCCCUGGCCUUGCUGUCUCCUCAUGGGGGAGCCUGGUGGCCUUCGAGGAGGUGGCCAUGCACUUCUCCAGGGAGGAGUGGGAGCUCCUCGAUGAGGCCCAGAGGCAGCUGUACCACACCGUGAUGCUGGAGACCUUGGAGCUCGUGACCUCACUUGGCUGUUGGCCUGUGGUGGAAGGUGAAGAGUUGCCUUCUGAGAAGAAUGCUUCUGGAGAAGUGGUGGCACAGGUCAGGACUCCCAGUGUACCUCCUUCCAUGCAGAAGGCUGACAGCUGUGAUACGUGUGAGCCACUCUUGAAAAACAUUUUGCAGCUGGACAACCAUCAAAGACAUACUGGGGAGACUCCCUGCACAUGUUUAGCAUAUGGAAGAAAGUUUUGGUUUGGUGCAAAUCUUCACCAGCAUCAGGAGUACAAUGGAGAGAAGCCCUUCCAAUGGAACAGAGACAGGGACUUGUUUGUGAAGAGCUCAACAGGCUCUCUGUCAGAGAAGCCCAUUACAUGUGGGUUAGGUGGCCAAAGUGUCUCAGACAGCCAUGACCUCCUCCAUCCCCCAAGCAUGAAUGGCAGUGGGGAGCCACAUAGCAGCACAAAGGGCAAAGAGGCCUCACUGCACCCUUUCGAUUCUGGGCAGCUCCCAGAGGUCCAGUCCUCACAGAAGCCCUUCAACUGCAGUGACGGUGGGAAAGCCUUCCAGAAGACUAAUGUCCUCCUCAGCCACCUGAGCACUCACUCUGCAGAAACACCAUUUAGAUGCCCAAGAGUUGAAAAUUCCUUAGAGGAGAAAUCAGCCCUUACUAGUGACCAAUGGUUUCAUACUGGAGAAACAUCUCAUAUAUGCAAAGAGUGUGGCAAGGCUUUCAGUCACCCAUAUAAACUGAGGAAGCAUCAGAAAUUCCACACAGGAGUUAAAGAUUAUGCGUGCAGCGACUGUGGGAAAACUUUCAGCCACAAACUCACCCUCAUUCAUCACCAGAGAAUCCACACAGGAGAAAGGCCUUAUGAAUGCAGUGAAUGUGGAAAAGCCUUCAAUAACAGGUCACACCUCGCUCGGCAUGAGAAAGUUCACACAGGAGAAAGGCCUUUCAAAUGCAGCAAAUGUGGACGAGCCUUCAGCCAAAGCUCCAAUUUCCUUCGGCACCAGAAAGUCCACACCCACAUAAAACCUUAUGAGUGCAGUCAGUGUGGUAAAGCCUUCAGUCGCAGCUCUGCGCUCAUGCAGCACUGGAGAGUUCACACUGGAGAAAGACCGUUUGAGUGCAGUGAGUGUGGGAGAGCUUUUAACAAUAACUCCAACCUUGCUCAGCACCAGAAGGUUCACACCGGAGAACGGCCUUUCGGAUGCAGUGAAUGUGGGAGAGACUUUAGCCAAAGCUCUCACCUCCUUCGCCAUCAGAAAGUCCACACCGGAGAACGGCCUUUUGCGUGUGGUGAAUGUGGGAAAACCUUCAGCAAUAGCUCCACCCUCAUUCAGCACCAGAAAGUACAUACUGGACAAAGGCCUUACAGGUGCAGUGAGUGCAGAAAAGCCUUCAGUCGCAACUCCAGCCUGGUUCAGCACUGGAGAACUCACACUGGGGAAAAGCCUUACGAGUGCAGUGAAUGUGGGAAAGCCUUUGCUCACAGUUCCAGUCUCAUUGAGCACUGGAGAGUUCACACCAGAGAAAGGCCUUAUGAGUGCAAUGAAUGUGGGAAGUUCUUUAGCCAAAAGUCCAUUCUUACGAAGCAUCAGAAAGUUCACACUGGGGAAAGGCCUUAUGAGUGCACUAAAUGUGGCAAGUUCUUUAGCCGUAAGUCCAGCCUCAUCUAUCACUGGAGAGUUCACACUGGGGAAAGGCCUUAUGAGUGCAGUGCAUGUGGGAGAGCCUUCAGCAGUAACUCUCACCUCAUUCGUCACCAGAGAGUGCACACACAGGAAAGGCCAUACGAAUGCAGCCAGUGUGGGAAAGCCUUUAGUGAAAGAUCCACACUUGUUCGACACCAAAUAGUUCACACCAGAGAAAGGACUUACGAGUGUGGCCACUGUGGGAAAAUCUUCAGCCGCCUCUGCAACCUUGCACAGCAUAGAAGGAUCCACAGCUGAGUGGAGCCUCAUGGAGAUGCUCUUUGGGAGAUCUUCAGCCACAUCAUACUUCAGGCAGCAGACUACAGAGAAAUUCCCUAAUGUGUCACUGAUGUGGAAAUACCUUCAGAAGCUACCCUGCCCUUUCUGAAUAGCCUAGGAACCUACACAGCGCUGUCUCCCCUCUGGAGCAUAAACCACUUUCUAGCUGCCUGUUGCCUCUGAGAGAGUCAGGGAAUGAACUGACCCAUGCUGGUUGAGAGAUUCAUUAAUAAAGACACAUGACAGUCCUACACAUUAAUGUACCCAACAGUGCUUCAGGGUACAUGAAGCAAAAACUGAUGGAACUGCAAGGAGAAAGAGACAAAUUCACAAUUAUACUUUGGGAUGUUCACACCCUCCCAGAUAAUCAGUAAAGGCGUGGAAGACAACACUUUGAACCAGCUUGACCUAAUCAAUAUUUAUAGAACUUCCUGUCCAAGAGGACAGAAUAGACAUUCUUUUCACAGGCACGUAGAACAUUUACCAAAAUGGAGCAUAUUCUGGGCCAUAAAGGAAGGCCUGAUAAAGGGAAAAGAAAUAAUACGUGGUAUGGACCUUGACUAUAACAGAAUUCAAUAAGAAAUCAAGAACAGAAUGAUGUGUGGGAAACCCUCAUUCAGAAACUGAAUAUCACACUUUUAAAUAAUCCAUGGUGAAAGAUGAAAUCAAAAGAAAAAUUUGAAAGUACUUGGAAUGAAAAUGAAAACAGCAUAUCAAAAUAUGUGGGAUACACCUAAAACUGUACCAAGGGAGAAAUUGUGUGUGUGUGUGUGUGUGUGUGUGUGUGUGUGUGUGUGUGUGUGUGUCCAUGUAUACUGGUGAAAUAUUAAUAAGCCUUACGGAUUGUAGAAGAAUCAUUAAAUGCCAGGUUUUUUAAAGUUCCAACAAAAGAAGUAGACGUGACUCCAGGCCACGAAGUUUUUCUUCACUGAAAGGUAAAAGCCAACUGUGGGGUCACGUGAGCCCCCAGGAGAAAGACAUAAGGACAGACUCGGGUCCUGAGAUGAGGUGCACCAGGAGGGGCUCACUGACGCACUGAAGGGCCCUUCACAGCCCUGCUCACAGGUGCCAGUUGUGUGCUUUCUUGAGGGAUGUCUGUCUCCCAUGUCUUAGUCCAUUCCAACUGAUCAAACAAAUAUAAACUGGAAGGCUUUAAAAUAACAGAAAUUUCUCACAGUCCUGGAGACUGGAAAAUCCAAGAUCACGGUGCCAGGAUAUUUGGUGUCAGGUGAGGAUCUGCUUCCUGGUUGACAGCCAUCCUCUGUGUCCUCACAGUGAAGGAGAGGGGGUCCUUGAGGGCCUCUCUUAUGAGACCACUAAUCCCAGUCACAAGGGUUCCUCCCUCAAGACCUCAUCAACCUCCCAAAGGCCCCACCUCCAAAUACAGAACACUGAGUGGGUUAGGCUUUAACCUAGGUAUUGUGGGAGGGACACAGCUUUCGGUCUAGACCACCCUACUACAAUGUCAGUUUCACGCAGGAGGGGCCUGUGGAUUUCAUCCUGCCAGGGGAGUGAAGUCUCCAGGGCUCAGCAGCUGGACGGAGUAAGCACCACUCUUUCCCUGAGGUCUCCUACCUUCUACCUCCCCAGGGAGGGAGACAGGGCUGUGUACCAUCCCUCAGGGCCACCAGACAUCCCCCGGGGUCCUACUGGGCACCAGGCUUUUGCCUGAGCUCCGUGGUAGACGCAUUUCAUCUCCAUCUGAUGUGCAAUACAAAGGUUUAACGUGCAAAGGGACUAAAGGACACGGUCACUGCAGAGCAACUGCAGCUCUGAGAGGAAUGAAGCACAGGUGAGAGUGACAGUGAUGCUGCUACUGCCUGCUUUUAGGCUGGCAGGAAAAUCUGAGGAGGGGAUUCCAGGAACCUUUUCAGCCAGAAGGAGCGGCAGUGCAGAGGCACCAGGCAGGGAUGACCCAUGGAGGGACCAUGGGGGAGAAGCAGGCCGUGAGGUCAGGAGACAGGUCAUGCCGCCCUGUCGGUUGGGCUGAGGAGUCUGGUCAGUGCCCUAACCCCCCCUUGCCUGGACAUCUGGGCCCUGCUUGGCUCUGCCAGACUUUGACUCUGCUCCAUACAGAACUCCACGCUGAAGGCAGACAGUUGAUCACACAGGGAUUACACACACAAGGGCCCCAGCAGGCCUGGGGUGGCGUGUGCCUCACGACACUCGAGAUGCUGAGCAGACUGGCGGAGAGCUCCCUGUGCCCGCAGCUGCCGCCCCUCCUGCCAGCGGGGUGGCUGAGGGGAACUGCUGAAGCUAAGGGCAGCAGCAGCAGCGGGUUCCAACCCCGACACAUGGUCCUGGCUGAGCACCACUCAGCCCAAAGCCUCCAGUCUGGGGUUGGCUCUCCCCAAACACGCCUCCACUAACGUUUUCUUCUUGACGUGAAGCACUGUUUAUACACCAGGGACACAGUGACAAGCACAUAACAAGUUUCGCUGAACUGACAUUUACCUUGUAAAAGAGUAGUUUCCAACAUUUGAAAAUCAAAGGGCCCACAACCGGAAGGAUCUGGAUCUAUACAUGAAUCAACAACUUCCUUCCCUGGAGCCCUGUGACAGCAACGGCAAAAAGUCAAGGCUGUGGUGUGCAGACACACCAGGAAUCCCAACCAGGUCACAAAAGCUGCAUCCCAGUAUGACAGGAUCUUCUCUCAGCCCCAGGGUGACGGCCAGGAGGUAAACAUGCCUGGAAAGGCUCUGAGGAUCCAAGGAACCUGUAGGCUAUUUGCUGACAGCGACCUUGGACACCGGGAACAGGCUUGAAAUUCCUGAGAAACUGCCCACCUCACCCCCUGAAACUAUGCUCCUGGCACAUCCAUGGAUUCCUCUUUAGAAUCAGCUCAAGCCUCAUGUGUGCCAGGCCCCCCCCCCUCCACAGGACUCCUCUCCGUGCUCCUGUGCCCACUCACUCUGCCCAGCAGCCCCUGCAGGACAUAUAGCCACUCUCAAACUUACCUCCACGUUCUCGGUUUCAGAGAGGUCGGCUUCUGAGCUGAUUCUAGAAGCAGCUCUGGCCAGCGCUGGAGGUUGCAGAACUUACCCCAGAAACGAGGAGCCCAGCUGGUGCCUGUCCCCAGUCACACAGGGAACUUCUCCCCACCACUCCAUUCUUCAGGCAAGCUCUGGGCCCAGAGGUAGACCUGACAUCCAGGCCAGAGAUCCACCCACAGAGCCCUUCAGUCCUCCCCCGGAGGUCUGAAGCUCCAGUACAAACUUGGCCAACCUUGACUGGAG